AUGCACUCGCCCAGUUUUCGGCGUCUUCCUGUGAUGGGGGUGACAUCUCUCUUGACGAGGCACGCAGCUCCAUAUACCUCAAGUGCACGUACGACGACAUCAUCAGCGAGAAUCGUCAGGCACUCACAUGACAGCAAGCGAGACGCCACUCCACCGGAGUAUUUGCCCUUCUCAUCCCCUAAUGAAAUCGAGAAUAUUGUGGAGAAAGGAGGAAGCGCCGCUUACCCGGCCCAAUCCUCACCACUCGGGAUUUGUGAGGUGUCGUAUCUGGGACUCGACAUAGAGGGGGAUGGAAACUCGUCCACCAGGUUCGACCGCAGGUUCAGCGCCACAUCUGCUACAGUGUGCGACAGUGGAGAGAAUGAAAUAAUGGACUUCAGCAAAGCCAAGGCUCGUCUUGCAUUUUAUACUUCGCUCCUUGGAAGCCGCGCCCUGAGAUCCUCCCCUUCGACGGUUCCCUCCCUUAGCGCGGACGAGCUCAGGGAAGUACGAAACGUCUUGGACUGUAUAAUUCAGUCCGAUGAUCCACACAGGAACCACUGUGUACUUGAUUCAUUCCGGGUAGCCUACCACUUUGGGUUUCCCAAAAGAUGCUGUGAGCUCUAUACCUCCGUAGCCCGGGAUGCUUUGCGUGGGGGUGGUAAUGUAGAGAGUCGUGCGCCAGUUCCCGAGGCCAUCCUCAUGUCGGAAAUCGUCCUGGCGGCGGCAGCGGCAACGAUGGACUUGGAAACACUGGGGUUAUGUACGAGCGUCGUUGAGCAGAUGGCCUCUUCUGAUUGCGCGUCUUUUCGAAAGUCCUUCGAGGCGUCAGCUCCUACUAUCGUUCCGGCGCUACGGCUGUAUUGGUGUUUGGUACUGCUUUUGCGGGAUCACCAGUUUACGCCAAAGCGCACCGCCCCUGUCGUUCCCACGGGUAAAGAGGUGCUACAUGACGCUUCCAUUCCCACAGAGAUGGACGUGGCUCAGCAACUUCAUGCCCCACUCACAGCCCUCUCAACGCGGGUUGCAGCUGUUUUGGGUGUUGUCGAGAAGAAUAGGCUGGCGUUUCUCACCUCGUCAGUGCGCCUCGCGCUCUAUAACGUGGACGCCGCGGACGGUCAGGCCGCUGUAUACCAUCAGGUGUUUCGCCACUGGUGUCUCCAGCCUGUGAAGGAGCCCAGAGGGCAGCAAAUGAAAGCUCACCACGGCCGUACCCCAAUCAAAGGGGGGUAUUCCUUGUCUUCAUGGCUUACGCCUCCCUGUUUGAAUGAGCUCAUGCGCAGCGCCAUUCACGCGAAGAGGCGUGAUAUGGCCGAGGUCUAUUCCCUCCACAUAGACCUUUUUUGGCGGCAUCAGGCGAGACCACCUCUGACUCAGCACGGCUCAUCUGCAGUGUUUAAUACAGAAAAGUCACUUGAUUACUACGAAGAUGCGCUUGUUGGGGGUAUGAUGCGAUACUUUUUAUUCUCUCGGCAGACGCGGCGAGCCGUUCUGUGGAUGCAGCGACUAACAAUUCAAUUUCCAGGAUAUGUGCCGAGCAUCCAGGUGUGCAACGUGAUCGGCCGCGUUGCGGCGGCUGAGCGAAACGUCUCGCUUUCGCAGUGGUGCCUGGGCCAUCUUCUCAAUGAAAAGCAGCCCAUUCCCCCUACUUCAGCAGAGCUGUACUCUUGUCUGUGUGCCAAUGCAAGGGUAGGCAUCCCCAAUUUCGACCAGGUCCUAUACUCCCUGCAAGAGAAUCAACUUCUCCAGCUCACCGAGGAGGAACUUCUGCACCUUCGGCUGCUUCACUGCAGGGGUAGCACGCAAUGGCGGAAUAUUCCCAAAAUGAUUCUGCAAACUUCGAUGUCUAAGGCAAGCCUCAACAGGGGUGAUAGUGAUACGGAUUUAGCACCAGGGCCGACGAGGGUUUCCACCACCAAUGACGAUUACGAAUCCCUCAGUAUUCCCUGCAUAUUGGAUGGCCAUUUUGAGCACCUCGAAAAAAACCCUCGUAGUGUUUUAUCGAUACGAAACCUUGAUCAGUUGUUGCUUGUUCUGCAAGAGAGUGAACAUCCUCACUUUUUAGUUUACUACCGCUUCUUUCUUAGUCAUUACAUGAAUCUUUUGAAGUUGGAGAAGCGGGCACAAUGGGCCGGACUUGCCCUCGUCUGGGCAUCGACACGUGUGGACAGGAUGUCUAAGGAGGAUAUUCUGUAUAUCGCUUGGGAAGUUGCCCAGCUUCUGGGGUCGAAGCGAGCUGAUGAUUUGAAAGAUUCUCGGGCGGUGAAUGAAAUCCUGGGUGGGAUCUUGCCAAGCACUAAAAAAAGUUUACGUAGGAAAUGGGAGAGGGUCUGCGCUCACUUUCCACAGGCCUGGUGGAGGCGACAGUUAGGCACAAAAAUGAGACAGAAGAGGCAUCAACUUUUACGCAAUCCUCGCCUGCAUGAUGAUAGUACUAAAAAGGGUGUUGACGCUUUGCCGAUUGAUGAAUCGAUGCUUAAGUCCGUUAUUCAUACAUAUGAAUCUUCUCCGCUGCCGUUUGCGGGGUUCCUUAAGUAUCCUACCCAUGGAUUAUGUACCUGUCUACCGUCCACAGGGCUGUUUGAUAGUGUCACGUUGUCAAUCCUCCACACAGGCGACCCUUGUGAUAGAAUGGGGAGAAGCUCUUAUUAUUCACUGGCUUCUAAAAGGGAAUGGUGGCGUUUUCACCACAGUACCUAG